CUAGUUUGCGCACUUUUCAACACUGCCCAGCGCGCCAUCUUUUUUUCUUCACAAAACAUAUUUUUUCGUCCUGCUUUUUGGGUGUGUUCGCUGCGCAAAAGGCGAGAAAAAGCCAGGAUAAGCAAGGAAAACCCAGGAAAAACCGAGCCGCAAAUACCCACUGAUAGCCAGCGGGAAAAAGGAGCAUUCACACACACAGACAGAGCACCACAAGCCAUAUCCAUAUCCAAUCAUAAUGCCACGCUACCGGGAAUGGGAUUUGGCCUGCAAGGUGUACGUGGGCAACCUGGGCAGCUCCGCAUCCAAGUACGAGAUCGAGAACGCAUUCAGCAAGUAUGGACCCUUGCGCAACGUUUGGGUGGCCCGUAAUCCGCCCGGUUUCGCCUUCGUGGAGUUCGAGGAUCGCCGCGAUGCGGAGGACGCGACCCGUGGCCUGGACGGCACCCGCUGCUGUGGCACCCGCAUCCGCGUCGAGAUGUCCUCCGGCCGUUCGCGCGAGGGGCGUGGUGGCGGCGGCGGAGGCGGUGGAGGAGGCGGCGGCGGGGGCGGAUCCGGGGGCGGUGGCCGCGGCGGAGGCAGUGGCGCCCGGGCCGGAGGAGGCGGUACAAGGGCCGGCGAUGGCGGCGGUCGUUAUAGGAUAAAGUCUUCUUCUUCUACUACAACAAGCACAACAAGAACUACUACAACAACAACAUCAAUAAUAAUAAUAAUUAAAAGAACAACAAAAAAAAAAAAAAAAAAAAAAACAACAACAGCUACUACUACUAGAACUUCUACUACUCCUCUUCCUUCAACAAGUACAACAAGAACAACAACAGCUACUACAAGAACAACUAGUACAACAGCAGAUCCUGCUCCUCCUAUUACACACAUUUCACCAACAACAACAGCCACCUCACCACCACCAUGCAAUUUGUUGUGCGGCCCUUGUCAGAAAUUCAACAAAUUCGAUAAAUAUAUUCCGCUGACCAAGAACCAGAACAAAAAACCGAAUGACCGCAACACUACACCCCCUCCACCACCUGUUCAGCUCGACCCUGGCCAAAAAACAAAUCAUCAGCGACGUCUUCGGCUCCGCAACUACAAGAAUAAUGCACCCAAAAACCAGACCAAACUCACCCACAGCCACCUGCAUACAUACAUCCCAUUAUGGGGCAAACGACCACUAUUUGUGUUGGUUAUUAAUAACAUAAAAACGAAGCCAACUUUAAUGUUUCUUUUUUGUUUUUUGAUUUUUUCUUUUUAAUUGGCACAGAAUUUUCUUUGUAAAAUAAUUUUUCCAACACUUUUUGGUCAAUAUCUUGCUUAAACCAAAUAUUUUGAAGCAUUAUUUGGUACAGUCAUGGUUUAAAAAGGAAAGUGUAUUUAAAUUGAAAAGUAAUUGUCUUCCUUUUUUUGAGCAUCAGUCGUAAGCAU